CCCGUGCUGAAAAGGCUGCCCCGCGGGGCGCAUAGACGUGGUCCGCCGUACCAACGCACGGGCGCAUUGCAUAUUCCACCAUAGCAACUACUCCCACAGGAUGGACGCGCAGCAGCGCAGGGACGCCUCGCUCUCCAUGCUGGAGAAUGCCAUCAUCCUGCUCGAGGGCCAAGAACUGGGAGGGGAGCGCACACGACUAAAUGAAGCAAGGGAGCGCCUCGGCCGCCUCGUCGACGCCGCCGCCGCGCCAACACGCGACGACAACGACGACGCCGACUCGCCGCGCGCCGAGGCGCGGCCGGCGUUGGACACGAAGACGUCGAUGCGCAGACGGCAAAGGUCGGACCUGAGCCUCGCCCAGGGCGACAGCAUCCACGUCGCGGCGAAACACGUCCCCUUCAUGGUCCGGCCCGGAUCUAGAUACAGAAUAUGGUGGGACGUGACCACAGCAAUCUUAUUAGUAUACGUGGCCAUCGCGGAGCCGUUUGUCGUGGUCUUCGCGCCCGCCUUCGCGCAGGAGGCUAGUUACAAAGGCUGGGAGUGGUUCAUGGACUCCUUUUUCGUAUCUGAUGUGCUCCUGAACUUCCGGACGGGGUAUGUGGACGCGAACGGCGUCGAGGUCCUCGCGCCGAAGGAGUGCGCUCUGCACUACGCGAAGACGUGGUUCUGCCUCGAUUUCGUGUCGUGCUUGCCGUUCUUCCUGCAGUUCUCGUCGGCCCGCGUGUCGGCCCUGCGCGCGGCCAAAAUUUUGAAGCUGGGACGGGUCUUCAAGACCUUCAAGGUUUUCAGGCUGGACAACUUCACGGACAGCGAAUGGAUCGAAGACUUGAUCCAUGGCGUGAAAGCACGAGUCGCGGGGAAGGUCGCCAAAUUAGUGCUAUUGACGGGCUUACUCUCACAUUACAUGGCCUGCGCCAUGUAUUUAAGUGGAGAAGGCUAUUUACAAAACUACUGGGACAAGGAGUGCGACAAAACUGUAUGUGAUUGGCGCGGCGCGAAGGAGUGGCCCGCGCGGCGCAAGUACCUAGUCUGCUUCUACUGGUCCAUCACGACCAUUUCAAGUGUGGGCUACGGCGACAUCCUGCCGCGGUCGGACCACGAGCGCGUCUUCACGGUCUUCGCGAUGCUCCUAGGAGGCGCUUUCUACGGCUACGUCAUCGGAGAAACGGCAGCAAUCGUCACGAAAUUCGAUGCCAAUCACGCGGAACGCUUCCAGAAGCUCGACGCGAUUCGCGCGUGGAUGGACCACCACCACUUCCCGCGGGCAUUGCGACGUAAAGUACGAAGAUCCUACAAGAUCUACUUCGCGAACCACAUGGCCCUCGACGAGGGCGCCAUCAUCAGGGAGCUCGAGCCGCAGUUGCAGGAAGAAAUAGCUGAGGUAUUACUGCCGGCGGUGGUCCGUAAUGUACCUUUGUUGCGAGGCUUACCGACGGGCGCAAAAGCGAAGUUCGUCAACGUGUUUCGGCGGAUGCAGGUCGACCCCGACACGGCGAUUGUUCGAGCCGGCGAACCUUCGAAUGCGAUGUUCGUCAUCGUCUCCGGCAAGUGCUCCGUGUCGUCCGGUUCGAAGCACGGGGCCUUUCGGGCGGUGUCGGCCGGCCCGGGCGACGCCUUUGGGGAGCAUGCACUAUUAGGUUUGAGGCAGACUUCUAGAGUCACGGUGACGGCGCGGACGCCGUGUUUGCUCAUCGUGUUCCCCGAGGACAAGUUCCGGCACGAGUUUUCUGAAUUACCGGAGGUCGUCGAUCAACUCCGGGCCACUGCUAGAGAAAUCCAUUCGGACAUCCUCCACCCGCCGUCCUCUCAUUCUCUGGUGACAGAGCAGCGGUACACGAUGAAGGGCACGCUCGGCGCGCUCGAGGAGAUCCGGACGCCGGCGAACGCCAGUCGAAGUCUACCACCACCGUCGUCAUAAUACUAUAUAUGUGUGAGUUAGGC